AGCUCUUGCAUCUUCUUUGUUUUUAAAUUUGAUGGACGAUAAUUUUGCGUUUUUUUUUUCGAUUUGGUUAUGUUUCUGUUUGAAUUCGCCUCUGGGAAUGACUGUUUUGAAUGAACAGCGUUAUUAAUGGAGCGUUGUGCUUUAAAGAUAGAUACUCCGAUGUUGAUUAAUAAUGAAGGUGAGCUUGAAGUAAUUUGCUUGAUUGCGUUACAUCUGCUGUUUUAACCAGUAUCUUAAAUCAACUAGCGAUCAGUUUAGUGUUUGAAUCUUCCACUAUCGCCAUCUUGUAUUUAGCUCAGUUUAAUGAUCUGACAGCAAUUGCGCAUCAACUUGUGCAGAUAACGAUUUAAACUCCAGUUUGUAAUAUUCUCAUACUGAAAAAACACAUACAUAUAUCGAAUAUUGCGGGCGCGGAUUUAGAGUACGCAAAUACUAAAAACCGGUUUUUUGUCGGACAUCUGCCAUUUAAAAAAUUAGCUUCAACAUGGAAGAGCAUCGCGACAGUUUUGAUGGGAAGUUACCUCCUGACCUCGCAGCUCAAGUAGGUUACACAGAGGUCAAAUAUCCGGAUCAGUUUAACACUAGAGUAUCCGGAUUUGAUUUUGCCAAGUGUGGAAACACCGUUGAUUUCGACCAGAUGUUGUCGGAGGCAUCUCUCGCGACUGGACUUCAGGCGACGAUGUUUGGCAAAGCUGUGGUGGAACUGAAGAGGAUGAUUGAGGCGAAGUUGAAGGGACACUUGACGGAGGAGGAGAGUAAGAAACAGGAGAUGCCCGAUGUGGACUGGAAACCCACGCCCUGUACCAUCUUCAUGAGCUACACGUCCAACUUGAUGACAGCAGGCACCCGGGAGAUCAUCAGGUACCUGGUGCAGCACAAGAUGGUGGACUGUAUAGUGAGCACUGCUGGGGGUAUCGAAGAGGACUUCAUCAAGUGCUUGAUCCCAACCACCAUCGGCUCAUUCGACCUGGACGGGGAAGAUCUCUUCAGGCAGAGAAUAAACAGGAACGGAAAUAUUCUGCUGUCUCUGAAGCACUACGCCCUCUUCGAAGACUGGGUAGUACCAAUCGUGGACAAGAUGCUGGAGGAGCAGGAUGCCGGAUACCAUUGGACCCCGUCGAGGUUUAUCCGACGACUAGGAAAAGAAAUCAACAACGAAGAGUCAGUCUACUACUGGGCGUACAAAAACAACAUCCCUGUUCUCUGUCCCGCGCUUACAGACGGAGGAAUCGGGGAUCUGCUCUUUUUCCACGCCUACAAACACGACGGACGCACGCUGUCAAUUGAUAUUGUUGAAGACGUUCGCAAAAUUAUGAAUAUUGUUGUCAAGUCCAAGUCUACUGCCUUUUUUCUUCUCGGCGGAGGAGUGUCCAAACAUCACAUUCUAAAUGCAAACGCGAUGCGUCACGGUGGCGACUAUGCGGUGUUCGUGAAUACUGCGCAGGAGUUCGACGGAUGCGACUCGGGAGCUAGACCGGAUGAAGGCAAGUCAUGGGGGAAAAUUCACGUGAAUGCGAAGCCGGUAAAAGUGUUCUCAGAAGCCUCACUAGUGUUGCCACUCUUGGUAUCUCAGACAUUCUUCAAGUAUCAAUCUGAGUUCGAUAAGAUUUUGUAAAACUCUUCGAGUUAAUUUUAUGAUAUAUCUGGUUUUACAUGGAAUGUCUAGUAAAACUCAACACCAUUGAUUCAUACAAAUUUUUUUCAUCUGAAUUAACGUAUCAAGCCAAA